AUGGGCCCCCUAAUCCCCCUCGCCCUCCUUACCAUUACCACCUACCUUGUAUACCACCACUUUAUUUAUGCCUACUUCCUCUCUCCCCUAUCUUCAAUUCCCAAUGGUCAUCUCACAUCCCCACUCUCCAGCCGCUGGAUUAACCACAAGCGCAGCACAGGCACUGAAGUCCUCGCCAUCUACGACCUGCACCAAAAGCUCGGCCCCACCGUUCGUCUUGGACCCAAGGAGUUGGGCGUCAAUUCACUUUAG